AUGAAGAAUUUACUGUAUCUUGUGCUUUUUGUGGUAUUCUUUGCUAGAAUUGAUGCACAGAAUAAUACGACGAAUUCGACAUGCGUUGAUACGGCCAGGGAUUGUAAUUGUAAGGUGAAUCUAUGCAACAACAGCUUCUACACAUCAUUGAUGAGAACGAGAUGCUCGAGGACGUGUGGAUUUUGCACUAUCGACAAUGGCAAUAACGGAAAUAACGGAAACAAUGGCAAUGGAAAUGGGAACGGU